AAUGAAGAACUCUUGACUUGCCGGCUUGCCACCAAUGUUUUUAUUUGAGCGGGAAAACACUCAGUACGUUAAUUACUCACUAUUUUUGGUGUUUGUUUUCAACCGUUACUUGUAUUCGUUGUAAUUAUUACAUUCUUCAACCAAAGAUCAAUAUGGUUAACACUCCAACAAAAAAUUACGUUUGUAAGAGAGAUGGACGAAAGGAGGAAGUUCACAUCGAUAAAAUCACAUCCCGGAUUCAAAAAUUAUGCUAUGGCCUAAAUAUGGAGUUUGUCGAUCCUGUCUCAAUUACACUGAAAGUUAUUAGUGGCUUAUACCCGGGGGUUACCACAGUUGAAUUGGAUACUUUAGCUGCUGAAACUGCCGCUAUGAUGACUACAAAUCACCCUGAUUAUGCUAUUCUUGCAGCUCGGAUUGCUGUCUCCAAUCUGCAUAAAGAGACAAAGAAGCAGUUCAGCGAUGUGAUCGACGACCUCCACAAGGCCGUCAGCAGCAAAACGGGCCGCAAAACCCAAAUGAUAUCCGACGAGCACCACGCCAUCGUAAUGAAAAACGCCGACCGUCUCAACUCUUGCAUAAUCUACGAUCGCGAUUUCUCUUACAAUUACUUCGGUUUCAAAACCCUCGAGCGUUCCUACUUGCUUAAAAUCAACGGCAAAAUCGUUGAGCGCCCCCAACACAUGCUAAUGCGCGUCGCUGUCGGCAUCCACGGCUCAGACAUCGACUCAGCCAUCGAAACUUACAACUACAUGUCAGAAAAAUACUUCACACACGCCAGUCCUACACUCUUCUCAGCUGCAACACCCAAACCCCAACUCUCCUCCUGCUUUCUCGUAACUCUCCCCGAGGACAAUCUCGAGGGCAUUUCGCGCUGUUUGACCCAAUGUGCCAUGAUUUCCAAAACGGCAGGCGGUCUAGGCGUCAGUAUUCACAACUUACGGGCCAAAGGCACCACCUUUCGGACCACUUUGGCCGGCACCCCCAAAGUCUCAGACGGGAUUGUGCCCGUUUUGCGCGUUUUUAACAACUCCGCGCGCUACGUGGACCAAGGGGGGAACAAAAGACCGGGGGCUUGCGCUAUUUACCUCGAGCCUUGGCAUGCCGAUAUUUUGGAUUUUUUAAACUUGAAGAAAAACACGGGGAAGGAGCAGCUAAGGGCACGCGACUUGUUCUUCGCUUUGUGGACGCCUGACUUGUUCAUGCGCCGGGUGAAAAACGACGAGAAAUGGUCCCUGAUGUGUCCACACCAGUCACCAGGCCUUGCCGAUUGUUGGGGCGAAGAGUUCGAAAAAUUGUACGAAAAAUACGAGACUGACGGUCGCUAUGUUAGACAGUUACCAGCGCGGGACGUUUGGCGCGCUAUUUGCGUCUCCCAGGUGGAGACUGGCACCCCUUACAUGCUCUACAAAGACGCAUGUAACAGGAAAAGCAACCAACAAAAUUUAGGCACUAUCAGGAGCAGCAAUUUAUGCACGGAAAUAGUCGAGUUUACAUCACCCGACGAAAUCGCCGUCUGUAACUUGGCCUCAAUCGCCGUAAACAUGUUCGUGAAAGCGGACAGGAGCGGCUACGACUUUAACAAGUUGAAGGAAAUCACCAAAGUUGUGGCAAAGAAUUUGAACAAAGUCAUUGAUCUGAAUUACUAUCCUUUGCCAGAGGCGCGUAAGUCGAAUCUGCGCCACAGGCCGGUGGGAAUUGGGGUUCAGGGCCUGGCUGAUGCGUUCAUUCUCCUGCGAAUGCCUUUUGAUAGCCCGGAGGCUAAAGCCCUAAACCGGCAAAUUUUCGAAACGCUUUAUUACGGCGCCUUGGAGGCUAGUUGCGAACUGGCCGAAAAGUACGGCCCGUAUGAGACUUAUGAAGGGUCACCGGUCAGUCAAGGUGUCUUGCAGUACGACAUGUGGGGCGUCACUCCUACAAAUUUGUGGGAUUGGUCCGAUUUGAAAAAAAAAAUCGCCAAAUACGGUGUUCGCAAUUCGCUACUUUUGGCUCCAAUGCCCACGGCUUCGACUGCCCAAAUUUUGGGUAAUAAUGAAUCGACCGAACCGUACACUUCUAAUAUCUAUGUGAGGCGGGUGUUGUCUGGGGAGUUUCAAGUCGUGAAUCAGCACCUGCUGAAGGAUUUGACUGAGAGGGGGCUUUGGGACGAUACGAUGAAGAAUCAGAUUAUUGCGAAUUAUGGUUCGAUUCAAAACAUUCCGGGGAUUCCCGACGAUUUGAAACAACUGUAUAAAACAGUCUGGGAGAUUUCGCAGAAAGUUAUUAUUGAUAUGGCGGCUGAUAGAGGCGCGUUUAUUGACCAGAGUCAGUCGAUGAAUAUUCAUAUUGCGGCCCCGAAUUAUGGGGUCAUGUCUUCCAUGCAUUUCUACGGGUGGGAUAAGGGUUUAAAGACAGGGAUGUACUAUUUAAGGACGAAACCGGCCGCUAAUCCCAUUCAAUUCACAGUGGAUAAAAGCAAAUUAAUUACGAAGACAAGUACAGGGGUUGGGAAGGUUCAAGAGACGAAAACUACACCAGAGGAAGAAGCGGCUCUUGUUUGUUCGUUGCGAAACCCCGAGGCUUGUGAAAUGUGUAGUGCUUAAGUUUAUCAUAAUUGUUUAAUGUAUUUUUCUUGAAUAAAUAAUUUUCUACUCA